UUGUGGGAUUUAAAUCCAGCUCAGAGGCAAAACUGAAAGUACACUCGUCAAGGCUGCACUGGAGGAACAAUGUUGUGGAUCCUGGUGGCUGUUUCUUUGCUCCAUGGAGCCUCAGGCUCACAGCUCAGAGGUUAUGGAAACACCACAGCUCUGUUUGGCGGGGACGCUCAUUACUGGUGUGCAGUGGAUAAUCCAACAGGUGUGCUGCAGGUCACCUGGCAGAGGCUGUACGCGGACGAGUCUAUCGAGAACUUGGCAACCUACAGCAAGCGCUUUGGACAGCAGGUAAACGAUCCGUACAAGAGGAAAGUGAUCUUCACAGAAGCGUCCCUCAGCUCCACAUCCAUCUCCCUGAAGGAGGUGUCGUGGGCGGAUGAGAGCUGCUACAUUUGCUCGUUUAACGUGUAUCCUGACGGGUCCAAAAGGAGACAGACCUGCCUCAAGGUGACGGGAAUAUCGCAUGUGAACACAAGCCACGCUGUCGGCAGCAGACUCGAGGAGAACCGCAGGGAGGUGGUGUUCAAGUGCUCCGCCAUAGGUAAACCAGCUCCAACCAUUACGUGGGACUUCUCGUCCGAUGCCGCCAUUGUCCACGACCAACCCACUGACGUAGUACCCAACGGUGACCAUACGUUCACCAGCAGCAGCAACAUCACAGUGACGGUCCCUAAAGACUGGAGAGGACAUGCGGACUGUGUGCUGAACGAUGGGAAGGAGGGCCGGAGGCAGGAGAGGAUCCAUCUGUCGUUAGAGGAAGAGAAAGAUGAACAAUUGUCUCAGUCAGCGGUGGCUCUGAUCGUCACUGCUGCAGUCUUCAUUUCCUGCAUCGCUGUCGCAGCUGUAGUGAUGCGAAAAAAGUCGAAGAACAAACACAAAAAAGUAACUGAGGAACAAAUUUUCGAACCAACAAGCGUAUGAGUUUCUAUUUCAUCACUGUGAGCUUGAAAGCAUUACUGAAAACUUGCAUUUUGUUGCAUCCGAUAAGCGAACUAAGCUAAAAGCUGCUAUCCAAGAUCCAUUUUCCGCAGGUAGUUUAUAAAGAGCUGUCGUGUGUUCUGAGAACUAUCUGUCCUUUCACAUUUCUUACAAGCUGCAGCACUUUAACCGUAUGGAGCUAAAAGUAAAAAAUGCUUGUUAAGGCUUUGUUGAAUGUGAAGAUCCAGGAGCCAGCGUCUGGGAAGCUACAGGUGAAACCACUGCAUUGGAUGGUUUACAAAAAGUCUAUAUGAUAUCAAUUCUAUAUAUAUAUUAACAGUGUUGAUGUCAUUUUAAAGCAGUUGACUUUAUAGUGGCUGCAGCACAGUGCAAUAGCAGCAGUCUGCUUCGAACAAAUUUAACGGAUUACCAACACAGCAAAGUGAGUGUAACUGCAAAUAAAAGUGAAAGAGACACUAAUGUCACUGACUGUGCUGCCAUCUAGUGUCUUCAUGGGAGAAAUGUAGAGCUACCUCAUACCUCGGCCACAAACAUAGAUUUUGUUUUUCCUGCAAAUUCUAACUAUUCCUCCAACAAUGUGAUUGAUUGAAUUGAUAAUAUAUCAAAUAGUAAUAUAUCUUCUGCGUGUUAUUUGAUGUGUUGGUAAUUUUGCACAUGCAGUUUUGCACUUUAUGUGUGUUUGGGACAUUUUCAUUGCUUGCACACAACAUAUUCAGUGAACAUCUGCACAUAGCAUGAAAUAGGAAUAGGUUGUGACUGUGGUGGAGCGAGGACCAUGAAACUGUGGCGUGCGGUACUUCUGUUGAGGUUCUGCACAAUUUCUGUGAAGUCGAAAUGAAUCUCUGUGUUGCUGUAUUUCAGAUAAUUUAUUUCCAUCUAUUUAUUGCUGUUCAAUGUGUUUUAAUGUCGUGAGUUAUUUUAUUUGUUUGACACAUAUUUGAAGUUUUACUAAAUUAUCUUGAAACAU